UGUGUGUUUUAACAGAAACCUUGCAGCCAAAACAGUGCCAUUUGACAAAGAACCUCUUGGGAGAAGGAGGUUCAGCUCUUCAGCAGCCACUUGCCAUCUACUCAAACUAAACUAUACUGACGAAUAUGGCUAGGGCUCUAUUUCUGGUGGCAUCUCUUUUAGUUUUAGGAAAUUUUUUGUUUAUCCAUGCCUCGUUUGCCCCCAGCCUCAUUGUUGAUAUGGCAAAAAUUGUCAUGGACAAUUACUGCUCACCAGAGAAGCUGGUAGGGAUGCAGGAGGCAAUUGAAGCAGCCAGCAGCAACACAGAGGUUCUCAACAUCCCAGACGCUGAAUCCUUGGCUAAUGUCCUGAGCUCUGGAGUCCAGACCACGGUCAGUGACCCACGACUGAUGGUCUCCUAUGAGCCAAACUACGUCCCUGUGGUUACCCCGAAGAUGCCUCCCUUGCCCCCAGAGCAGCUCGUUACUGUCCUGCAGACCUCCAUCAAGCUUGACAUCUUGGAGGGCAACAUUGGCUACCUGAGGAUCGACCACAUUCUUGGGGAGGAGGUCGCUGAAAAGGUUGGCACUUUACUCCUAGAGGUGGUCUGGAAUAAAAUCCUGCCAACUUCAGCUCUGAUCUUUGAUUUGCGCUACACCAGUAGCGGAGACAUCUCAGGAAUCCCCUACAUUGUGUCUUACUUCACCGAAGCCGAGCCUCAGAUCCACAUUGACAGUGUAUAUGACCGUCCCUUGAACACCACCACUAAGCUGUUAACUAUGACCACACUGCUGGGGGACAGAUACAGCAUUACCAAACCCCUCAUUAUCCUCACCAGCAAAAAUACCAAGGGCAUUGCCGAGGAUAUUGCCUACUGCCUCCAGAACCUGAAGAGGGCCACCAUUGUGGGUGAGAAGACCGCCGGGGGCUCAGUGAAAAUCGACAAAAUCAAAGUCGCUGAGACUGACUUCUACAUUACCGUACCAACUGCAAAGUCAAUCAAUCCCAUCACUGGCUCCACCUGGGAGGUUGUCGGGGUGACCCCUGAUGUGGAGGUUAAUGCUGAGGAUGCCCUUGCUACCGCCAUCAAGAUCGUCAGCCUCCGUACCCAAGUUCCAGCCAUCAUCGAGGGAUCGGCGACCCUGAUUGCUGAAAACUAUGCCUUUGAGGAUAUUGGGGCUGAUGUAGCAGAAAAGCUGAAAGGGCUCCUGACAGAUGGCAAGUACAGCAUGGUUGUCUCCAAGGACAACCUGGAGGUGAAGCUGUCUGCUGACCUGAAGACCCUUUCUGGGGACAAGAGCCUGAAGACCACCAGCAAUACCCCAGCCUUGCCCCCCAUGAAUUACUCUCCUGAGAUGUAUAUUGAGCUGAUCAAAGUCUCAUUCCACACCGACAUUUUCGAGAACAACAUCGGCUACCUGCGUUUUGACAUGUUCGGAGACUUUGAGGAGGUCAAGGCCAUCGCCCAGAUUAUUGUUGAGCACGUCUGGAACAAAGUUGUCAACACUGAUGCCAUGAUCAUCGACCUCAGGAAUAACCUUGGUGGACCAACAACAGCCAUCGCAGGCUUCUGCUCUUACUUCUUUGAUGCCGACAAGCAGAUUGUGCUGGACAAGUUAUACGACAGACCAUCCGGUACCAUCACAGAGCUCCGAACCUUACCCGAUCUCACUGGCACAAGGUACGGCUCCAAGAAGAGCCUGAUCAUCUUGACCAGUGGAGCAACUGCCGGCGCCGCUGAGGAGUUCGUUUACAUCAUGAAGAAGCUUGGCCGUGCAAUGAUUGUUGGAGAGACAACUGCCGGGACCUCCCACCCAGCCAAGACCUUCCGUGUUGGUGAGACCGACAUCUUCCUCAGCAUUCCCACUGUCCACUCUGACACUGCCACCGGGCCAGCAUGGGAGGGAGCUGGCAUCGCUCCUCAUAUACCUGUCCCAGCUGAUGCCGCCCUCGAGACUGCGAAGGGCAUCUUCAACAAGCACUUUGCAGGCCAAAAGUAAACCAUGUCCUGAACUGGAGUUUCAACAGUCACUUUUGCUCUGGCAGCCAAAUUGUUUCAAGAUUUAGAAUCUAGACUUGUGAAGAAGUGAUGAAUGUAGGUUGAGUACAAAGUGUAAUCUGUUAUUUCUCAACACCUAAGCCAUUUUAGCCUGUUUGUAAUGUAGAGCAAAGGUUGAACAGGAUUUACCUAGUUUUUAUUUCUGUCGAAUGCUACUCUGGCUGUUGAAGGUUCUCAGAAUGAAUUUCUGGUUGAAAAGCUGAUGCGGUUGUUUUGUGAAGAGAGUAUGUCUAAAUUUGUGUCAAAGAUAAGUUGCAACAGUAAAAUAACUUUCAAAAAUUUAAUUUUUGAGAAGUCAUGCGCAAAAGAGAUUAAACAAAGUGAAAUAAACACAUUUGUUAUGUUGGAUAUUUGAAAUAUGGGCCUCUGUAAAGUAGUCCGCUUGUCAUUCUGUAAGAAAAUCAUCAUGUGAUGUCCUCAUUGCGUAUGGGAAAUAUACUGUAUGUCCAUUUUCCAGUGAAUGUCAUGCCAUGUGGACCUACUUGGGUUGUAUCAAUUCCAGUGGUGAGACACAAUAAAAAAAGAGAACUGA